UACAUAAUUACAACCAGGGAGAAGAAAUAAAAGAGGGGGAAAGAAAAUAAGGUUUACAUCGAAUGUAUAUCACGCAGGAAUAAUUGUAUGUUUUUCUCACCGUAGUUUAAGAGAAGAACCAUGGAGUCCUGCUUGAAUUACAAACCCGAGAGAGUGGGCUCUGUAACUGUGGAAGAUCUACGAAAAGAUCUUUUUACGGAAUUCUCCAAAAUACCUGCAUCUCAGGAACCUGGAUCUGUGGAGAAGGAACACUUGCAGGUCUACUUGCGGAUCCGUCCUUUGACCUCCACAGAGAGUGAAUUUGGUGAAUCACAGGAUUACGUUUCCGUUCAGCCCCCGGACACUGUGGUUUUGAAGGCCCCUAGAUUAUCACUGCCAGCUAGACAAAGUGAAAAACUAGGACCCCAACUUGCACAGCGAUUCCAGUUUUCAAAGGUUUAUGGGCCGGAAACAACGCAAAGGCACAUAUUUGAUGGAACAACAAAAGCCCUCGUGAAGGAUGUCCUAGGAGGAGAAAAUUCUUUAGUCUUCACUUACGGUGUAACUAAUGCCGGGAAGACGUUCACGUUUUUAGGCCCUGAAAGUGAUGGAGGAAUUCUGCCCAGGUCACUGAACGUGAUCUUUAACAGCAUUGUGGGACGAGUCUAUACGCAGAACAACAUUAAGCCCCACCGCUGUGUCGACUUCACAAGACUGACUAAGGACCAGCAGGAGGAGGAAGCCAAGAUUAAGAAAAACCUUCUAAGAAGAUUUAAAGAGACCGAUUUGCAGAAAAACAGCUCGAACAUAUCAAAUUCGGGUUGCAGCACCUUACUUGAGGGUUCGAGCUAUGGUGAGUUAGAUGAAGAUAGUUUUUGUUUGGAGGAAGAUUCCCACAUGAAGUUCUCAGUGUGGGUCUCCUUCUGUGAGAUCUACAAUGAAAACAUCCACGAUCUGCUCGACUUUGUCUCAAAUACGUCCCACAAAAGGAACGUGCUACGACUGUGUCAAGAUGUCAAAGGCAAUACAUUUGUCAAAGAUCUGACAUGGGUCCAGGUAAACAGUGCAGAUGAAGCCUACAAAGUUCUGAAGAUUGGAAGGAAAAACCAGAGCUUCUCUUCAACAAAGCUCAAUAGUGCUUCAAGCAGAAGCCAUAGUAUUUUCUCCAUCCGAAUCCUGAGAAUUGAAGACAUGGGUGUUCCUCGAGUCCAGACAAUAAGCGAGUUGUCUCUGUGUGAUCUUGCCGGAUCAGAACGAUGUGCCAAAACCCAGAACAGAGGAGACCGCUUAAAAGAAGCAGGGAAUAUUAACACAUCGUUGUUAACUUUAGGAAAAUGCAUGAACGCCUUGAGAUUGAGUCAGACACAGUCAAAGUUCCAGCAGCAUAUCCCCUUCAGAGAGAGCAAACUCACUCACUACCUGCAGGGCUUCUUCUGCGGCCGUGGGAAAGCCUGCAUGAUCGUUAACAUCAACCAGUGUGCUUCCAUGUAUGAUGAAACGCUGAACGUCCUCAAGUUCUCAGCAGUGGCUCAGAAGGUUGUGGUCUUGAACCCCAAACCAGUCUUAAGUGUUGUGCCCAAGAAAUCUGCCAGAGAAGUCUCCAUGAUGAUCAACAAUGUGGACAGGAGAGAGUUUACUCGGAGAAGCACUUUGAUUGGGUGGGAGACAAGCUUGGAGGACGUUCAAGAGGAUGAUGAUGAUGAAGAUGAUGAAGAUGAUAUGGAGGUAGAUGAGGAGGAAGAAGAGGAAAGUUGUGAGGAAAGCAUGGUGGAAAACACAGUGCUCGAAGCUGCAGAAGAUCAAGAGCUGGGUGAGCUACAGCAGAAGAUUAAAGAGCUUAAAGAAGAACUCUCCAAGGAACAAUCUGAAAAACUGGCCAUGGAAUCUCGAGUCCGGGAAGAAGUUACCACUGAGUUCAUGGAGCUGUUUUCCAAUAUGGAAAAGGAUUACAAUGAACGUCUACAGAGAGAGAAGGAAAUAGCUGAAGAAAGAGCUGAGAGGAGAUUGGAAAUACUUAAGAAUUUAGUCAACAAUAAUGGAACUGAGACUGGAACCAUGAAUUCUGCUGAGGAUGGAACUAAGGAGACUAGAGUGACGUUCUUGGACGGGAUGAUUGAAGAGAUGCAAAAUGAUGUGGCUAAGAUAAAGAGAGAUGCCGAGGCAGCACAGUCAUGUCUGGAGAACAGGGGUCAUUGUCCGGGAGCUGUCAACAAGCUGAGGACACAGCUGGAUGAGAUGGCGGAUGAGAUGGCAGAAGAGCUUCUUAAAAAUCGGCAGCUCCUGGAUAUCAAAACUAAGGAACUGGAAGAACUGCAGGUUUGUUUACAAAAUUCCAAUGACCAGCUGCUGGAGGCUAACAAGAAUUCUGAAAAUCAGAAACUGAGGAAUCAGCAACUUAUGGAAAUCUGCCAAGAUAAAGAUGAAAUGAUCUCCAAAAUUCAGACUGCUUUGGAUCAAAAUGUUGAAGUAGCUAAUGAAGAUAGGGCCUAUAUCGACACCAUUAAAGAAGAAAUCUUACACUACCGAAAUAACUGCAAGUGUAUGCUCAAUGAUGAUGAAGAAAGGACCAAAGACCAGGAAAUUCAGCAGUUUGCAGAAACUUUAAAAGAGAAAAAUGAUUUAUUGGCUGAGCUCAAGCACGAACGGAAUUCUCUUGAUCAAAAGGUGAAGGAUCUCACUGAAGAUCUAAAAAAACAAGCUCGUGCAUGUGAAGCUGCUUUCUCUUUGCUUGAAGCAGAAAAAGCAGUGACCACCAAACUAAUAAAUGAGAACAGCGCACUUGCCUGUGAGCUCAGUGAUUUCCAGGAAGCAGCCAAUGACAUGAAGUCCAGGCUUACAGCCAUGGAAACUGAAUUAAGCAUUAAGACAACGGAGGCAGCCAAGCUUUCUGAGGAGCUCCAAAAAGCCCAAGCUUUUCUCUGGAAGCAUGAAGAAGAGGCUACUGAGCAAUCUCAGACAAUCAAAUCCCUGAAGCUGGAGACUGAGAACUUGCAGCAGAAGCUCAGUGCCCAGGAGCUUUCGGAAGAACAAACAAGCAAGUGUGUCUUCCAAGAAACCAUUGCAGCUCUCCGUAGAGAAUGUGAGACAGUAAUGUCCACUUCCCAGGAGAAAAGUAGAAGGAUCAUGGCCCUGGAGCAGGAAGUCAAUCAGAUAAGAGAGGAAAUGUGCCGGAAGCAGACCCUGUGCAAUCAGCUUGAGCAAGAGCGAGGAGCUCAGAGAGAGGAAAACCAACACCUGCUCAGCCGCUAUGAAGCCGAGAGACUGAUUGUGGAGCAGAUGAAGAGACGUCACUCUGAGCUGGAGACAGAGCUUCAUGGUCUGAGACAGCAGUUGUUAGUCCUGGAGGAGCGACAGCAGGCCUUUACACACAGCUCUGAGAAAGUUGGAGAGCUAGGGAAGAAGCUUGGUGAGAAAGAGGCUCUUUGUGCCGAUCUGGAGCAGAGACUCCUGCAGACCCAGAGCAAACUGGACCAGGUGGUGGAGAGUGAUAGACAUGUGGAGAGCUCUCUAAAACAGAAGACAAAGGAAGUGGAGGAUAACCUUGUUCAUAAAAAUGCAGAAUUGGAGAUUAAAGCUCAGGAACUAUUACAAUCUAGAAAACAGGUGAAUGAUGGUCUGGGCACCAUUAAGAGGUUAAGUCUUGAUCUGGAACAGAAGGAGAAACUCAUCUCUGAUCUACUUUCUCAGCUGACUGAGAGCAAUGCUCAAACUGAGCAGAUGCAAAAAGAGAUUGCAUUCUUGUCUGAAGAAGUCAGAACGCUGCAACAGAAGCUGUGCGACAUGGAGAAAGACAGGGAUCAAGCUCUGAGUGCCGUCGCCAAUAAAGAGAAGAUUAUCGAACAACUGAAGACUGACCAAGCUAACAAAGCUCAAUCACAGCAGGACCAUGAAACCUGUCAAGAGCUUCUGGCCAAGGACAGGCUCAUUGAGGAAAUGCGUCUCACCCUGUCAGAUGAAAAGAGGUCACGGAAAGAACAAGAGCGACUUCUGGAGGCUAGACUCAAUGAGAUUGAAUUGAUGAAUGGAGAGCUUCUGAAGCUAAAGGAGAGCUGUCAGAGAAAGAGUGGGACUGAGUCUGGACCUGAUUAUUCACACCAGGAGGAGCAAAAAAUAGGAAAAACUCCAGGACUUUUGACACAGACUUCAGUGCACGAGGCCUCAGUGCUCUCCACCGAGAGCGAGAGAGAAAAGCGCUUCCCCAAACCCGAGCUGGAGAUCAGCUUCACCCCUCUCAAACCUGACCGUCUGAACGUCCGCAGGCCAGGAGACGACGAGUCGGUCACAGUCAAAAUCAAACGCACAGCCAGGAAGAGGAAGAGUGCUGAGAUGGAGAAUUCAGUGGAGUCCGAGAACAGGAAGAACAUGCGACUUAGAGGAAACUCCAGGGCUAAUAUACAACAUGUAGAGUCCCCCACAGUGCUGGCUAAAAAGGCCAAUCAAUUGAAGCAAAAAGAUUCUCCUGUUAGUCUGAAAGGCAAGAAAGACAGAACCCUGCAGAAGAUUGGUGACUUCAUCCAAAGUUCUCCAACCCUCCUAGGAAGCAAAGCUAAAAAGAUCAUGGCAAAGGUUGCUUUGAAAUCACCGGAGCCAGAGAACAACACUGAGACGAGCAACAAACCCAAGAGAUCAAAACGCAAGCUGUUUAAGACGCAAAUCUCCUCCCCUCUCGACAUACCUUCACAUCCGAUCAUCGGAAUGGAUCAAGACGACAAAGAAAGCGAUCAUCUCAUCAUUAAAAGAAAACUUAGAACAAGAACUGUCAAAAGAUGAUUUCGGCCAUAAGCCGGUGCAUGGUAGAGUACUGUUAAUUAGCAUGUGGUGAACUUGUACUGAACGUUUUAGCAGAGUAGGACAGCUGAUGUAAGAAAUUUUGUGCAUAUUUUGUGUAAAUAGCUUGGAUAUUGCACUUAGGCAUUACAAAAUUGCUUUCUAUUUUUCUUUGUAUCUGUGUUUUUUUUUUUUUUAAUGCAAUAAUGUGGAAAAAUACAAUUGUAUUUUAAAAAUGUCAAUGUUGGUUGUGUUUUUCUGGGUAAUUCUGUAAUAAUCAGACUCUGCUCAGGCCGUAAUAAGGUAGGUAAAGGCUGACUGCUAAGGUUCGGUGUGCUGUGUGAUGGUCAUUUGUUUCUACUGUCAGUGGACGGAGGUGGUUGUCAUCUUGGAAGAGUAAGUAAUAGAUUUGAGGAGGCACCCCUUCUCAAGGUCACAGAUGUUUUCGCCUGCACACAACUAUCUACUAAAACAUGCAGUGAAAAAAGUGCAGUUCAAAAGCAAGUCAACAGUUUAACUGAAUGAAUCCAGCAAUGUUGGUUUUGCACUUCUUUAUUAGAGGUGUCUAAGAGUAUCCAUGUGUAAUAAAUCUUUGUUACUUUCAUAACUUUGCAUUAGUUUUUACUUUACAGGUCUAUGACCAUAUGGUAUAUGGUAUACAUAAUAUAUAUUAUAUACUAUAUAUUUUAUAAUUUUUUUAAAAAAAGCUAUUUUCUCAUGUAUUUGAACGUGAGACACUUAUUGCUCAUCUACAUGAUGAGGGGACAUGUAGUCUUGCCUCUCUCACUGUCUGAUAGAUUGAUUGACAUCAUCUUUGUGUCAUGGCUGCUCAUCAGCCAAUUGCUGUGGACAGUCAGGGGGCGUCCCAAGAGCUGCUGUGGCCACGGCUGUGUUAUGUGGAUUACCGAGCGGUGAAUGAGUGCCAUUGUGCUGUCAUUUGUAGGACAAUGUGUGAAGAGUAUCUACAUUUAAAAAAUAAAAGCUUGGGAAAAUAAUGCAUGUACCUUGAUGGUUAGCUGCAAUAGGUGGUGUUUAAGUUCAAUUUCUUAUUACUGAAAUCUGGAAGCCUUGUGGCUGUGUUUAGAGCAUUUAUUUAGUGAGCUUGAACAGUGGUGCAGAUUAACUUUUUUUUUUUUUAACUUUCUGGUUUUCUUCCUGUUUUUCCUCAAUUCCUGCUCCACUUUGUUCAUGCUAGUUAAAAAAAGGUGGGGGGGUUGAUUGUGUGGGUUCUCCUCAUUAUUUAAAUAAUAUUUAAAUAAUGCAAAAUAAAUGUACUGCACUAAAAAUGUAUUUGAAAUAGAACCUAGCAUCUCUGAAUUGGAUUCAUUCCAUUAUACUAUACUGUAGUUUUUCAGGAAAAACAACUUAAGCAAAUGCACCAAAUUUUGCAUACAUUAGAUAAAUUAUUAUAUUUGCAAUGCAAGUCAAAUGGAUAAGCUGAUGAAAUACAAAUACAUCAGUGAUAUAUUCGACCUACUUUUUCCUCACACACCCUACUGGUUUUUAAUACUAACUUUAUUAAAAAUGAAUCCUUGUAUGUUGCUGUAUAAAUAUUACAAUAUAUUCAUCAAUGGUAGUCCUGGUUUGGAAGUUUAUUACAGGGUUGUGGUUUAAAAUUGGUCUGGUUUUAGUGAACAGUGGUCUGGUUUUAGUGAACUUGCCAACCCUGUGUAACAUGGCACAUAGCAGGAAUAUUACACAUCAAAGCCUUAAUACUUUGUAAGAUAUUCAUAAUAUAUAGAGCAUAUUCUAGAGGAGUUUUGAAUAUGGCAUUUGGUUAAGUAAAAUGGCACAUGAGAUUAAAUUUUUCAAAGACAUGCUGUCGUGUGAAAUUUUUGGCAAUAAUAAACACUGACUGAUUGGCAUCACACACACACACACAAGCUGUCACCUUGUCAGGUCUUUACAGUGAACAUAGUUUAAAUAGAAAUGAAAAUGUUUUAUAAAGGGUCAGUGAUGUCAACCUAUAAAGUGAAUCAGGUCAGUUUCAGGUAAAGAAAGAUCCAAUUACAAGACAUAAACAAUAAUUACUCAGUCUGCAGCUGCCAUUACUCCAUGUCCUCUAAAUCAUUUUUGCACUAAUGAAGUCACUGUUAUUAUUAUGAUCAUCUGAAUGGUGCAUCCAGAAAAUCAACUUGUGUGUGCGCAUAGCUGGACCUGAAGUAAAUACGCAGAACUUUCCCUGUGUAAAAAUUUACGUAAAUUUUGGACUUAAUUAGGCAACUCUGAAUACACUUGUUAAAGAGACUUUGUGUUUC